CCUAUUGUUUCAGACAACAGAUAUAAGUUGCGAUGGAAGAGGAACGUCGGAUUUGGUGUCUGUCCCCCAUUUCCAAUUAUAGAUGGAUCAUUACAGACAGAGAAGUACUGAGAAUCCAGACAUCUGCUCUUCACAUGAAUGCACUCACCUCCUAGAGAACAGCCUGCCAUCAUGCUCUGGAAACUGGUUGAAAAUGUCAAGUAUGAAGAUAUCUACGAGAUGUUAGUCCACACCUAUUCCGCCAUGGACCGGCAUGAUGGAGUGCCCAGCCACAGUUCCAGGCUGUCCCAGCUGGGAUCCGUCUCGCAGGGACCCUACUCCAGCGCUCCUCCGCUCUCUCACACCCCAUCCUCGGAUUUCCAGCCGCCUUAUUUCCCACCCCCCUACCAGCCUCUUCCUUACCACCAAAGCCAGGACCCUUACUCCCAUGUCAAUGACCCCUACUCCCUAAACCCCCUGCAUCAGCCCCAGCAGCACCCCUGGGGACAGAGGCAGAGGCAAGAGGUGGGAUCAGAAACCGGGUCACUGCUGCCACAGCCUCGGGCCGCCCUGCCCCAGCUCUCGGGACUGGACCCCAGGCGGGACUACCACUCAGUUCGGAGGCCAGAUGUCCUCCUGCACUCAGCUCACCAUGGCCUUGACUCCGGCAUGGGGGACAGCCUUUCUCUGCACGGCAUCGGACACCCAGGCAUGGAGGAGGUGCAGUCAGUUGAAGAUGCCAAUAACAGCGGUAUGAACUUAUUGGACCAGUCUGUCAUUAAAAAAGUUCCGGUUCCUCCAAAAUCUGUUACUUCUUUGAUGAUGAAUAAAGAUGGCUUCCUGGGUGGAAUUUCAGUCAAUACCGGAGAGGUGUUUUGCUCUGUACCUGGCCGCUUGUCUUUGCUUAGCUCAACUUCAAAGUAUAAAGUAACUGUGGGAGAAGUUCAGAGACGCCUUUCCCCUCCAGAGUGUCUGAACGCAUCCCUCCUAGGAGGAGUACUUAGAAGAGCCAAAUCGAAAAACGGGGGGAGAUCUUUGCGAGAAAGGCUAGAAAAAAUCGGUUUGAAUUUACCAGCCGGCAGGCGUAAGGCCGCAAAUGUCACUUUACUCACCUCCCUGGUGGAAGGUGAGGCCGUUCAUUUAGCUCGGGAUUUUGGGUACAUCUGUGAAACGGAGUUCCCAGCCAAAGCUGUUUCUGAGUACCUGAACAGACAGCACACGGAUCCCAGCGACCUCCACUCCAGGAAAAACAUGCUGCUUGCCACAAAGCAACUUUGUAAAGAAUUUACAGAUCUCUUGGCCCAGGACAGAACGCCCAUUGGGAACAGCCGGCCCACCCCUAUUUUGGAACCGGGCAUUCAGAGCUGCUUGACUCACUUCAGCCUCAUCACCCACGGCUUUGGGGCCCCCGCUAUCUGCGCUGCCCUCACUGCCCUCCAAAACUACCUGACUGAAGCUCUCAAAGGCAUGGACAAGAUGUUCUUGAACAACAACACUGCUAACAGGCACACAUCUGGCGAAGGACCAGGUAGUAAAACUGGAGACAAGGAAGAGAAACACAGAAAAUGAGAGAGAGAGAGAAAGAGAGAGAGAGAGAGAGGAAAAAAUUAGAAUGAAAGAAAGGAAAAGAAAAAAAAAGUUAAAUAAAUAAAAGGAGAAGAGAGAGAGAUAAUCUUUUAAAACAAAACCAUCUUAAUUUUAGCUUUAAAAAUACUGGAUUGGGCUUUGGAAGAAUUCUAUUAGGUAGGACAAAAUAAUAAUAAUAAUAAAAUAAAACUAAUAAUAAUAAAAGAAAGACAAUAAUUUAAGAUCAGAGGAGCACAAUGGCGCAAGACCAGUGGUUCAGAGUCUCUUGCCAGGAACAUGUGAAGACAACCAACAGGAUUUUUUUCCCCACUUCUGUUCUUUCACAUUUUUUAAAUAAUGAUUGGGGGGGAGGGGAAUAUAAUAAUUAAUAAUAAUAAUAAUAAUAAAAGAAAGAAAUGAAUAACUUAUUGGAAGAAAUCGGAGAAACAUUUUUGGUGUCAGUGCUUUGAUUUCUUGAGCUGCAUGGUCUGUCUUGCUGUUAUUUUUCUUUUUUUUUUUCUUUUAUGCUUUUUGUUUCGAACAACGUCCUGUCUCCACCUAGACUAAAACAACCUUCCAGAGUGUUCCUUUCUGAGCAGCCCCAUGGCCUCAUUCCCCUCAGCUCUUCCCACCUCAUCUCACCACCCUGGUUCUGUCUAGACUAGGAAAGGAGGGGAUCUCCCAGACCCCUCACCAAGCCAUCAACUCCAGCUGCGUUCACAGCAGCGAGAACUUAACUUUAGGUGCCACCAGAAGGGACGCUCGGGGUCGCCGUGGCUCAGUUGAAUCUGCCAGCUCUGUUUUUUAAGGACUGUUUUGUGGGUUUUUUUCCUGGUCUAGACAGACUCUCUGUUUAGAUUGGCAGCGUUUACAGGUGUGUCUGGGUGCGUGUGUGCCUCUGCGUGUGCAUCUGUGUAUGUGCACACCCCACUCCCUAGGGGGGCGCGGGUAUCCCCUGUGUGUUUGUGGAUAUAUAUGUAUAUAUGUGCAUAUAUACAUAUAUAUAUACAUAUAGAAAAUAUGUGUGCCUAGCCACGCAUAUCAAUGCAUGCAAACAUACCUUUGUAAUUUAGUAAUUUUGUCUUUGAUGGUGAAAUGCCUUGUCUAUAAUGGGUUGCAAAAUUUUGGAAGUAAGGUCUGGUACAAUGUCAGAGCUAUCUGAUUUCUUAAUUUUCUGAGAUCUCCUCUUUUUCUCUAGGGAGUUUUAUAUUCCUAACUAUGCCAAUGUUUCAGUCCUUAAUUUCCUUGACUAGUGUGUGUGAGAGAGCUCUUCCCCCAUUUUUAAAGAACUGUUAACAACAACAAAAAAUGAGUGAUAUGAGUAUGUAAUUCUUUCUCAGGAGUAUGCACUAUUUUAUUUUCUUCUGUUUCCUAAAGCUUUGCCCGCUUGGCUUAUGAGCUUCUUCAAAGAGGACUAGAGAUCCCUACACAAUAUAUCAGGUACAGAGAAAAAAAAUCCACAAUUCUGAUAUUCUGAUACUUUUUAUUUUUUGCUUUUUUUGCUUUUUCAAAUCAAAGCCAGUUGUUACUGAAUUCUGUAGGUGCACUUCUUUAAAGAAGCUCAAAGGGAAUAAUUUGAAAGAUAAAAAUAUGAGUUGAAAUUGAGGUGUACUGUUGCAAAGAGAAUAAGAGCUGUGUUGAAUGUUACGGCACUUGCUUGGCACUAGGGUUUUGUACCCAGGGAGGAAAGAGUUGCCACGUGAGCUGGCUCCUCGUGAUGGGAGUGGGGAGGGUUUGCCAGGGAAUAUCCUGAUUUCUGAGCUCAGUCUGAGGAAAUCUGUUUCUCUUAGAAAGCUUUUUUUUUUUUUUAAUGUCUUGUGACUCUUGCUUUGGAACAAGUCGGUGUGGUGAGGGGGGCAAAAACUUCUUAACUCCAAUGUUUUUCUUGGUGGUUUGGUGUCUGACAGGAUGUCUUAUGCAUAUGAUUUGGGUGGUGGGGGUGAAGGGGAAGUCUUAUUUCUUUCCUCUCUCUUUUUUUUUUCAUUUUCCACAUACAUUUCUCUGUGUUCUGUGGUAAAAAUAACGCUGAAGUGUAAGGAUAUGAAUUUCAGUUUGGAUUCUGCCGUGUCGGGUAAUUGCAUGUGUUUCUCAGUGGGGUAGGGCUCUUGCACUAACACAACUUUUUACUGAUGUCAGAACUGGGUGUGGGUAAAUCUCCUGGAGUCUCUGGCAAAAUUCCAGUGGGGUCAGGCCUCCCCAUAGGAUCCCUGUGAAAGCUGCAGGACUCAGUCCCACCAUCCCAAGCAGGCACACCUGAACUCAAAACAAGAGAGAGAGAGAGAUAUAUAAACCUUAGCCUUCCUUUCAUUUUGAGACCUUCCAAAGGUGAUAGUGAGGGAGAAACCAUUCUGCAGAGCUCUCAACAUCCCUUGAUGAACUGUCCUCAAAACAAAAGAGCAAACGAUCCUCUUGUGCCCUUUAGUGCCCUUGGCUCUCUGAGACAUGGUUACAGCUGAGGGCCUGCUCUGCUUUUCAAAUCUUCACGCAGACAAAUCUUCAAGCAGUUCUCUGCUUGUGAUUUGGGCAUGCAUGGCAAUAGAAAUCCAGGGAUCAUCCAGCCCCUCCCAAGCUGCUCCUCACUCAUGUACCUUUGGUUCUUCUGGGGCACUGGGGGCUCUCCUAUGGGGAAACUGAGGCAGGCAGCUUUCUCCAUGGAUUAUUGGGAUGAGUUGGAGGCAGUUAUAGACCCUGGCAAGUCCCUGCCAGUGGGUUUGGUUGUCGCAGGGAUUGUCAUAUCCCUAUGGAUGUCACCAGAGGAGGUGUGGUGGUCAAACCAUGGGUCCCCCACCAGCAGGCUGGGGACCUUCAGGUUGAAAAUCAACAUCCAGGCAACCUCCAGGCCUCUAAAUCUUACCCUUUGCCAACCACCCCAAAGUUCAUCAGGAGCAAUCCAGGCUCCAGUGUAGGGCAUGGCCCAGCAGUGAUGCAAGGGAAAGGGAAAGAGGGGAUCUGGGGAGGAACAAAUGGCCCCACGUGGAAGCACAGUUCCCUUCUCUUCCCGAUGGGAAUAUCCUGUUUAUUGGAGCAGAGCACCAAGUGUUGGAUGUUGCCUUGCCUUCCCCCUGCAAAUAGGAUUUGUGAGGAGCUUGUGGGUUCAGCCCUUCAGUAUCACCCAGCCCAGUGGGGCCUUUGGGUGUGGGGAGACCCCAAAUUAGCUCUCAGUCUUCCACAUCCCCAGCUGUAUGUGCAGGGACAUGGGAACCUGUCCCUGCUGCCCCAGAGCUUCCAGCUGGAGGCUUUGAGGCCAUGUUGGGAAUGGUCUUUCCUUUUUUUUUGGGGAAAUGUAGGGGAUUCUCCUUUUAACUGCAGAGGACAGUGUCCCACCACCACUGUGGGUUAAUGGGGAGAGGGAACCCUUGGAACUUCUUGGGGAAAGGUGUGAGGGCCUGAUCCUGCUGCUGCUGCUGAAAUCUUCCCUAGACACAGGUUUGGUCACCUGGACCACGACCUAAACCUUGAGCAGGUUGAGGGAAGAGUUUCAGUCUGUCCCUUGUGCCUUCUGCCUGGAGGAGACAAGCUACAGAUGCCAGACUGUGCAGUGCUCAGGCAAAAUAAGGCCAAAUUCCCACUGAUUGCAGUGGGAUGUUCUCCCCUCAUUUGCUCCCCAAAAUGUGGAGACAAAAUUUAUGAGGUUUAUGACUUAAAAUGCAAUCAGGCAGGAAACAGGAGAGGAGCACAUCUCUCUGUCCUUCCCCCCAACCUAGUGCUGGUCCCACAGGGAAUUAUCCCUUGCUUGGUGGCUCCUAUCAGUGCUCAGUACAGAGAUCCCCCCAAACUAAACUCAGCCUCCCUCUGGAAGGUAUUUUCCUUCUCCCCUCCACUUUCCCAGCCCGACUACUUCUGUUGGCAGGGAACCUCAGACGUUUAUCUGAUAAUUGAGUUAUUAAAAGAUUUGGUUUCCUCGGAAUCAUGAAUCAAUAAACAGGAGGAUUAACAAGGCAGCUUUGCUUUGUAACUCAAGGGAAAAGUUUGAGGAGAGACCAUGAAAAGUUUGUUUUCAAACCAAACAGGUGGGUUGCUGUAAAUUUUAUUUCAUUCUUAGUCUCGCUUUUUUUUUUUUUUUUUUUUUUUUUUUUUUUUUUUUUUUUUUUUUUUUUUUUUUUUUUUUUUUUUUUUUUUUUUUUUUUUUUUUUUUUUUUUUUUUUUUUUUUUUUUUUUUUUUUUUUUUUUUUUUAA